CGUAAAAGAAAGCUAUGUUCUCAUACCUCAAACAAAAUAUUCACCAUGACUUUUCUCUUUAGCACUCUCCAAUUUUCUCUAUUCUCUUUGGCCCUUGUAAUCGCCGGUUACUUUUUUCUUAGGAAACCAAGUAGUUGUGAAGUUGACAGCUCAACCAUCCCUGAGCCAUUAGGAGCUUUGCCUCUAUUCGGCCACCUCCAUCUUCUGCGAGGUAAAGAACUCGUCUUCAAGAAACUCGCUGCCAUAUCCGAUAGACUUGGCCCUAUCUUCUCCCUCAAGUUAGGAUUUUACAGGCUGGUUAUAGCCAGCGACCCCGAGAUCGUCAAAGAUUGUUUCACCACCAACGACUUGGUUCUAGCCACCAGACCCAAUAUAGCCUUUGGUAGGUAUGUAGGCUACAACAAUGCAGCUCUCGCGCUGGCUCCUUACGGAUACUAUUGGCGUGAGCUACGCAAGAUCACCACCGUCCAUCUCUUCUCAAACCAGAGUAUGGAGAUGCUCGGCCACAUUCGCUACUCGGAAGUAAACGAGUUUAUUAAAUACCUGUACAAAGGGAGUGAUGGUACUUCAGUGGUGAAGGUUGACAUGUUGUUCGAGUUUUUGACCUUCAAUAUAAUCCUUAGGAAGAUGGUGGGGAAGAGGAUUGGAUUCGGCAAAGUGAAGAGCGAGGAGUGGCGUUAUAAAGAGGCGCUGAAGCAAAGCGAGUACUUGGCUGCGGUUUUCAUGAUAGGCGACGUGAUUCCAUGGCUUGGAUGGUUGGAUUUCGCAAAAAUUUCUCAAAUGAAGAGAACUUUUAAGGAGCUUGACUCGGUCAUCACCAAGUGGCUCCAACAACAUCUCAAGAAGAGAUCAAGAAACGAGAAAGAUCAAGAAAAGACUAUCAUGGAUCUAUUGCUUGACAUCUUACCCGAAGAUGUUGUAACAUGUGGACAUGUACGAGAUGUCAUUGUCAAGGCAACUAUUUUGGUUCUUACAUUAACGGGAUCAGACAGCACAUCCAUCACUCUUACAUGGGCUGUAUCAUUGCUUCUUAACAAUCCUACUACUUUGAAAUCAGCACAAGAAGAGAUUGAAAAUAGUGUAGGGAAAGGGAGAUGGGUUGAAGAAUCCGAUAUACAAAACCUCAAGUACCUACAAGCUAUUGUCAAGGAAACUCACCGGCUUUACCCACCAGCUCCUCUUACAGGAAUCCGCGAAGCGAGUGAAGCUUGUAAACUUGGAGGCUACCGUGUUGAGAAAGGUACACGCCUGCUCGUCAACAUCUGGAAAAUUCACAGGGAUCCCAAGAUCUGGCCUGACCCUAAAACCUUCAAGCCUGAGAGGUUCAUGGAGGAGAAAUCGCAGUGUGAAAAAAGCGAUUUCAAGUAUAUUCCGUUUAGUUCGGGAAGAAGGUCGUGUCCAGGGAUGAAUCUUGGCCUAAGAGUUGUUCACUUAGUGUUGGCUCGGUUAGUUCAAGGGUUUGAUUUGCACAAAGUGUCUGGUGAACCGCUGGAUAUGGCUGAAGGGCCUGGUUUAGCCUUGCCAAAGAUCAACCCGGUCGAAGUCGUUGUUAUGCCUCGGCUGAACCCCGAGUUGUACCGUUUACUAUAA